AGUUGAGUCUUAGACAUUAUAAUGUCUGUGGCAUUGAGCAAAUAUUUUGUAAACAUAACCUCAAAAAAGAAAGAGAUUUCGGGCGAAACAAAUUCAUAUUAUAUUGCAGAGCCUGAAAAUAAAAUAUAUUAGAAGAUGGCGGAAAUGGAUCUCUUCACAACAAGCACAGCUUUCUGUGCACGAUGUGGAUCAAUAUUGCCACUUCUACAGGAGUUUGGCUCUGUAAAAUGUUACUCUUGUAAAGCCAUCUAUGAAGCAGACAAUUUCAGCAAUUUAAAAUUUAAGUACACAAUCAAUUUCAAUACCAUAUCGGUUGUGAGUCAGAAAGAUUCUGUAGAUACAGAUGAUGCGGAAGGCCCCGUGGUCGAAAGGAAAUGUCCCAAAUGUGGCAACGACAGAAUGUCAUAUGCAACGCUACAGCUACGUUCCGCUGAUGAAGGGCAGACCGUGUUUUAUACAUGUAUAUCUUGCAAGUACAAGGAGACUGAAAACUCAUGAAGAAAAUAUCGUAUGUCAUUUUGUUUAUUAUAAUUCUGUGAUUUUAUUACCUAAUGCAAAUAUAUAUUCUACUAAUUAUUUAAA